AUGAUUGCCUAUUUCCGAACUCCAAGUGAUGUAAAAACAGAUAAUAAAAAUGGAGAGUAUCGAAAGGGUCCUACUCAAGCUGAACUUCAAGAAUUGGUGAACAAUUGUGGUCCCAAGGUGACAUCAAAUGAUGAACCUAACAAAAUCAUCGAGGUUAAGUGGUCAAGUUUUUUUCAAGUCUCACAUCGUCUCGUUCCUUUUUUCAACAAAGGCCCUAUAUGCCUGAUUGGUGAUGCUGCUCAUAUUCACGCUCCUGCAGGAGGACAAGGUGAGGGAUUACUGGGGAUGAAUAUAGGAGUCCAGGACGCUGUGAGCCUUGGUGUGAGUGGAAUCGACCGUCUUUACCUUGAGAAGUGA